UUUAAAUAAUUAUAUUGAAGAAACAAAAAAAGCUCUAAACUUGAUAGUGCCAGUUAUUUUCAUCCACAAGUUCAUAUAGACACAUGCAGCAUUUCUAGGACGUACUACUAGUCCUUGCAAUUUUCUAUAUUCUCUUCUUAUCUGCCUAUAUAUACAUAUCUCUCAGUCUUAAUUGUUUGUCUUCUAUUUUUGUGUUAAUAUUAACCAUUUUCGCAGGACAGAAAACAUGGGAGAGAGGCUGCGAUUGGCAACUGGGGUGAUGGGAAAUGCUGCUUCUUUGUUGCUUUACUCGACUCCCAUAUUGACUAUGUCAAGGAUCACAAGAAAGAAAAGUACAGAGGAGUUUUCAUGUGUACCUUACAUCACUGCAUUGCUCAACUGUCUCCUUUAUACUUGGUAUGGAUUGCCUGUUGUAAGCUGUGGCUGGGAAAACUUUCCAGUGGUCACCAUCAAUGGUCUGGGAAUUCUUCUUGAGUUCUCAUUCAUUCUCAUAUACUUCUGGUUUGCUUCACCUACAAGAAAGAUGAAGGUAAUUGCAAUUCUGAUACCUGUUAUGGUCAUGUUCUGCAUCACCGUUAGCAUCUCAACCUUUGUUUUCCAUGACCACCGUCAUCGAAAGGAAUUUGUUGGAAGUCUAGGGCUGGUGGCCUCUGUAACAAUGUAUGCCUCUCCACUGGUAGCUGUGAAGCAAGUGAUUGUAACAAAGAGUGUAGAAUUCAUGCCAUUCUACUUGUCUUUCUUCUCAUUCCUCUCUAGUUCACUUUGGAUGGCAUACGGACUACUGGGCCAUGAUCUCUUUCUUGCGUCGCCUAAUCUGGUUGGAAGCCCAUUAGGAAUAUUUCAACUACUGCUCUACUGCAAGUACAGGAAAAGGGAAAUGAAAACUGUGGAAUCACCAAACAACUGGGAUGUUGAAGAGAAUGAUGAAAAAUCUAAACAGCUGCAGAUUGUGAUUAGUGAAAGUGCAAAUGGCAAAAGUUGAAGAAAGUGUACUAAGGUUCAAAUAGAUUAAUCCUCCAUCUCUUUUUGUGCGUGUUUUGUCCAACAAUUUAGGUCUGUAAGAAUAAUAGUUAUAUCUGAACCAUUAACUACAUAAUAGCGGAGGGUUAAAAUACUAGUCUGUCACCUCACCGGUAUCAAUAACUAUCAGAGGAAACAGUGAAAGCAGCUAAAAUGUAACUAAAGAGCUCUUUGUUGUAAAAUAAAUUUCUUAUAUAUAGUGUGCCAAUUGUGUAGUA